GACGCCAGUUCCCGGCGGCGGCGCUGAGUGCGGACCCCUCCCCCGCCCGCCCCGCCCUGCCCCGCCCCCCCCACCGGCGGCAGCAUUCGGGUGAGGUGCUGUGUUCAGUCAUGAAGAGUGGAGACUUUUAUCUGUUGUCCCAGGAGAGCGGUGGUGCCAGCAGUGUCGGAGAGAAAUGGGUCUGCUUUCGGAAGAUGUGCUCUAACGUGGGACUGGAACAGGGACAAUCAUGUCAUCGGAACUUUGUAAAACAAUAUCUGAGGCAAAGUUGGAAAGGCACAAGAACUUGUUCUUAAAUUACCGAAAUCUGCAUCACUUUCCUUUGGAAUUAUUGAAAGAUGAGGGUUUGCAAUACCUGGAGAGACUCUAUAUGAAAAGAAACUCCUUGACCACCUUGCCAGAAAACCUCGCACAGAAGCUUCCAAACCUCGUGGAAUUGUACCUUCAUUCGAAUAACAUAGUUGUUGUCCCUGAAGCUAUUGGCUCCCUGGUUAAGCUGCAGUUCCUGGACUUAAGUGACAACGCUCUGGAAAUCGUAUGCCCUGAGAUUGGCCGUCUGAGAUCCUUACGUCACCUUCGAUUGGCUAACAACCAGCUGAAAUACUUACCGGCAGAAGUCGGAGACCUGAGAGAGCUGCAGACACUGGACAUUUCAACCAACCGCUUGAUAACUUUGCCGGAGAGGCUACACAUGUGUCUUUCACUGCAGUACUUGACCGCAGACCGGAAUCACCUGUGGUGUGUACCCCGCCACCUCUGCCAGCUCCCCAGCCUCAAUGAGCUGUCUAUGGCUGGAAACCGCCUUGCCUUUUUGCCACUUGAUUUAGGUCGUUCGCGGGAGCUGCAAUAUGUUUAUGUGGAUAACAACAUUCACCUGAAAGGGCUCCCUUCUUAUCUGUAUAAUAAAGUCAUUGGCUGUAAUGGCUGUGGUUCCCCUAUUAAGGUUUCAGAGGUGAAGCUGCUCUCCUUUUCAUCAGGGCAAUUAACUGUGUUCCUCCCAGCAGAGGUGAAGUCUAUAGGGACAGAGACAGAUCAUGUGCUGCCUUUGCAAGAGCUGGCUAUGAGGAUUCUGUAUAACACCUACUACAGGUUUUUAAAAGAUUUCAACUUCCUGACGCCAAUCUCAUUACCAAAAAGUCUCUUGGAAUUGCUGCACUGCCCUCUGGGACACUGUCACCGCUGCAGCCAGCCCAUGUUUACCAUUGUCUACCCAAAGCUCUUUCCCUUGAGAGAGACGCCAAUGGCGGGGCUGCACCAGGGGAGGACGACUGUUAGUUUUGUGGCAUACUGCUGCUCCACCCAGUGUCUCCAGAUUUUUGACCUACUGAGUUGAUAAACACUUAAAGCUACUCAGGAGUGUUGCCAGGUUAAAGCUGCAUUAGAUGGCACAUCCCAUUGGUACGGGAAUACUGUAUGUGUGCGUGUGUGCCAAAGCAGCAGAAGUGCCCAGUCAGGGACACAGAGGAGCAUUUAAAUCCUGCCCUAUCGAAUUUGUACAAACAGCAGAAACUUUUUGGAAAUGUAACGAUCAAGCUUUUGCAAGGAUUAACACCUUCCCUUUCCUUAAGGCGCGGCAGAAACCAAAAGGAUUCCAAGGAGCCCCGCCUGCCGUCCUGUUUUUAGGGGCUUUUCAUGUGACUUGACUUACUGCAAUGCAUCACAUCAUCAGAACCAGUUUUAGUUUCUUUAAUAAUGUUAAGCUGACCUGUACUUUAAAACACACAGACAAACAAAAAACAAAAUCUUCUGUUGUGACCGUCCAGUUUUUGCUGAUUUAUCUGUAAUUUCCUCUGAGUGCAACUGGAUUCAUGCAUAUGCAUCCAUACAUCCUCAGCAACCAUCAGGCAUCCCAUAGGCCAUUUUUUCCCAUCCCUUGCCCCGGUCAAAAUAGUUUUCCCCAUAAAAGUGCUAUCACAACUAUAGAUUGAGCCUGUAACAACAGACUGAGGUGUUUAAUUCUGUGUGCUAAGAACACCUUGUUCUUUCAAGAGUUACUCUAAGAUACUUAGCCUCCGUUGAGGCACAGGUGGGGAGCAUUGAGAGCCUGCACCUAAUAUGACCUGCUUCACAUACUGAGCAGGUGCUCCAGGAGGUUCAAGGAGAUGUUUUGCUUGUAAUGCUUCGGUUUUUUUAAAUGCAGCUCAUCUUGUGCUCUUUUUGAGGAAAAACACUUAAAAUUCAUGUUUUAUUAGAGAAAAAAUACAAGGAUACAUAUUGAUUUAUUGUGGACUGAUGAACAUCCUAGAGCAUUGUGACUGUCUGCUCUAGACUUGUAGAUAGCUGGUUCCUUUAUCUUGGGGUUCACAGUUUGGCUGGUUUCAAAUAAAAAAAAAAAGGGAUUGGUGAUGUGUCUUAACAGGGGAGGUUGAGAAGGGAAAAAACAGGUAGUCAAAUAUCUUUACAAAAGGGCUGUCCAUUCUUUUUAGCACAUUCAUAGCAAGUGAGGCUCAAGACCUUAUUUCUUACUGUCUUUGUGAGGAUCACUUGCUGUAAUAUUUUCCUUAAAGCUACGGGAUAAAGGAUAGAAGCUGGCCCAAAAUGACUGUGAGAUUUAUAUUUUUAAUUUUAAGCUGAAACAAAAGAUAUAAAAUGCAGUCCCUCCUGGCUGGUUCUGUAGCAUAUUCUUAUUAAUACAUUGUGUUCAGAAUUAGUUUAGUUUUUAACCAUAAAUUACUUUGGGACUUAACACAAUGUUCUUCUCUGUGCAGUAGUUACACGCUGAAAUAGAUCUGAAUGGAACAAUUUGAUGUUAUAAAAACACCAAGAUAAACAGACUCACUUGGUAACGUAUUAGCAUAUGCAGUGGGAAGAGAAACAUAUAUUUUGGAAGGGUGGCAUUUAAAAUGAUCCUCUUGCCAAAGCAAGCAUUUUUUCCUACUACAGGUUUCCUGCGGAUGUCUUUUUUUCAAAGGAAUGGCACUGGAGGGUAGAACUGAUAGGUAGGUUAUUCUCAUUACUUAUGACAAAGUGCACUGGUUUUCUUGGGUUGGUUUUAUGGGGUUAAACCUAAAACUUCUUUCCUUAACAGGGCAAAAAUAACCCACUCAGUUAUUGUUGGACUUUCUGUAAUAAAAGCCUUUUAAAAGACCGACUCUCCAAAGGGCCCAAAGCCCGCAUCCAAACAUACUCUAUGCUAUUAAAUAUCUUCUUUGUCCUUUCA